AUGACAAUUUCUUAUAAUCUCGAUGUUGCUACCGCAUCGCCACUCAAUUUUUUCCGUGUAAUUUUUCGUUGGAAAGGUAGUGUCUGGAAGCAGUGCCUUAAAGAACUGUUCGUAUGGACCAUUCUCUACUUGAUCAUCACAUUCUUCUAUCGAACACCCUACUUUCUUACUCCAGAGCAAAAAGUUCCUGCAAUCUACAUUGGUGGUUACGUGUACGGUACUGAUGAUGAGUGCCGAAUAUUGAGGCGAACCAUGGCCAGAUAUUUAUGCCUAACACAAUUGCUUGUUUAUAGAGAUAUUAGUGUUCGCGUAAGGAAACGUUUUCCGACCUACGAAAGUAUUGUUCAAGCUGGUUUCAUGUUGGAACAUGAGAAGGAGAAACUGGAAUCAAUCGACAUAAAUUAUGACAAAUAUUGGGUACCAAUCAACUGGAUCUACGCCCUCAUCUUUCGUGCCCGGAAAGAGGGCAAAGUUCCCAGCGAUUCGUUCGCAAACAAGCUCUGUGAUGAGAUCAAGUUUUAUCGGUAUAAUAUACAAAUGUUGUGCAAUUACGAUUGGGUUCCAGUUCCGCUAGCUUAUCCGCAGAUUGAUCUAACACUGCCACUUAUGACGAUGAUGGAAUUUUUGAUUUUGGUUGGAUGGAUGAAGGUGGCCGAAGGUCUUCUGAAUCCGUUCGGUGAAGACGACGAUGAUUUCGAGUGCAAUUAUUUGCUCGAUAAAAACCUCGCCACAGCGUUGUGUAUAGUGGAUGAUGCAUCAAACGAUGCACCGAGAUUGGAGAAGGAUAUGUUUUGGUCAAGCGAUAAGGUCGAACCGAUGUACUCAAAAGAGUCUCUCCAACAACCUGUCAAUCCACUCGUUGGCUCUGCAACGCAAGCCAAGUAA